UGGAGGCGCACACACUUGCAAGUACGUAGCAACACAAGCCUAGCCAUGACGAUGAGGAAGCGCCCCUCCUCGUCCUCUCUUCUCGUAGCACCGCUGCUGCUUAUGCUUCUUCCAGCGUUUGCUCUUGCUGCAGGGAGGCACACCUUGAUCACUAGAGACCCUCUAUACGGCCCACGGGCUAACCCAAAUCCAGAACCACUACCAGGAAAACAACCAAAUCCAAAUCCUCAACCAUUGCCAGACCCACAACCACUGCCAGGACCACGACCAGACCCAAACCCGCAACCACUACCCGAUCCUAAACCUAAUCCAAACCCACAACCACUGCCUGAGCCACAACCUGAUCCAAAUGCUCAACCAUUACCAGGACCACACCCUGACCCAAAUCCACAACCAUUGCCAGGCCAAAACCUGCAAUGGUUGAUGAACCCAUGGCCAAACCCAAACCCGCAGCUACUACCAAACCAACGGCCAAACCCAAACCCUCGUCCAUUACCAGGACCGCAGCCUGAUCCAAAUCCACAACCAUUUCCAGACCCAAACCCGAAACCAUUGCCGAACCCACAGCCAAACCCAAACCCUCAACCAUUACCAGGACCUCAGCCUGAUCCAAACUCACAACCAUUACCAGACCCAAACCCAAAACCAUUGCCGGACCCACAACCAAACCCAAACCCUCAGCCAUUACCAGGACCGCAGCCUGAUCCAAACCCACAACCAUUACCAGACCCAAACCCACAACCACUGCCAGGCCCACUGCCGGACCCGAAUGCACAACCAAAACCACCACUUGGGACACAAGCGGAAAAGGAAAAUGUGGAAGCACACAUCCAAGAGGAGCCGCUGGGAUGAGAUGUUCGAGUACAUCAACCGCGCCAGAUAUAGUAUACUCGUGACUUAUAUUGCCUGCUGGAUUAAAUAAGUGGUGUGUUGUAACCCACCACCAUCAAGUCAUUCUGUGCUAUAUAAUGUCAAGAUCAAUCAAGAUUAGGGUAUGAUGCCCAUGUAAAUCUUGUGAUUGUUCUGACUUACUUUUCUGGCUUGUAUGGAUGAUAAUUGUAUGUGUGUGCUGGUUGUACUAUGAUUGUGUGAUGAUAUAUAUUAAAAUUUCUACUUUGUACCUUUA